CAACAAACACAGACACAGCUCUCCAAUGGAGUCUCUCAGCCACCUGAGAACCACCGUCUGCGUACCAUUAACCACCCCAUUCCCCCCAUCAACCACCACCAAAAAAUACUCAAAACCUAACGCCGUCAGCAGCACUAACGGCUCUAUCUCCGGCAACUUCUCCGCCAGCAAAUGGGCCAACCGCCUCCUCUCCGACUUUCAAUUCCUCCCUACAACCGCCACCACUCCAGACCUACCGGACCUUACCACGCCGCCGUAUCCUCCACCACUCUCCACCACCACCGCCCGCUACGUUCCCAUGCCGAUUGACUUCUACCGAGUGCUCGGAGCGCAGCCGCACUUCCUAGGGGACGGAAUUAGGCGGUGUUAUGAAGCUAGGGUUUUGAAACCGCCGUUGUAUGGUUAUAGUGAUGAUGCGUUGGUUAGUAGGAGGCAGAUUCUGCUAGCGGCGUGUGAAACCCUAGCGGAUUUGAGUUCGAGACGUGAGUAUAAUUUGGGGCUUGUGGAUGAUGAGUUUGGUACGGUUGUUACUGAUGUUCCCUGGGAGAAUGUUCCUGGAGCCUUGUGUGUGUUACAAGAAGCUGGAGAGGAUGAACUGGUUCUUCAAAUCGGUGAGAAUUUGUUGAAAGAAAGGCUACCCAAAUCAUUCAAGCAGGAUGUCGUGUUGGCUAUGGCAUUGUCCUAUAUCGAAAUCUCAAGGGACACGAUGGCGAUGUUGCCUCCUGAUUAUAUCAAGGGUUGUGAAUUGCUGGAGAGAGCGCUUAAGUUAUUGCAGGAAGAAGGUGCAAGCAGCCUUGCACCCGAUUUGCAAAAACAAAUUGAUGAAACAUUAGAAGAGAUAAACCCGCGUUAUGUGCUGGAGCUUUUGGCUUUACCUCUUGAUGAUGAGUACCGAUCAAGAAGGACAGAGGGUCUUCAAGGUGUGCGCAAUAUUUUGUGGGCUGUUGGAGGCGGUGGUGCUGCUGCUAUUGCUGGCGGGUUUACACGUGAAGAUUUCAUGAGUGAGGCCUUCUUACGAAUGACAGCAGCGGAGCAAGUUGAACUCUUUACCGCCACUCCACAUAACAUACCAGCAGAAAGUUUUGAAGUUUAUGGAGUUGCGUUGGCAUUUGUUGCUCAAGCUUUCACGGGUAAAAACCCGCGUCUUAUUAAAGAAGCCGACGGCUUGUUUCAACAGCUUCAACAAAUCAAAGUAACAGCCUUAGGCAAUUUAACCUCAACAUACAACACGACAGAAAACCGUGAGGCUGACUUUGCAUUUGCAUUAGAAAGGGGUCUUUGUUCACUUCUUGUAGGCGAGGUUGACGAAUGCCGUUCAUGGUUAGGCUUAAACAAUGAAAACUCACCAUACCGGGAACCAUCUAUCGCUGCUUUUGUUAUAGAAAAUUCUAAAAACGACCCCGACAACAAUCUCCUUCCGGGUCUUUGUAUGUUGUUGGAAACAUGGCUCGUUGAGGUUGUGUUUCCUAGGUUUCGAGAAACAACAGACGUCCAGUUUAAACUCGGUGAUUAUUACGAUGAUCCUGUUGUAUUGCGAUAUUUAGAACGGCUAGAAGGCGUUGGCGGUUCACCUUUGGCUGCCGCCGCUGCGAUUGCUAAAAUCGGUGCGGAAGCUACCGCGGUUCUUGAUAGCGUUAAAAUAGGGGCACUUCAGGCGCUACAGAAGGUUUUUCCUCUUGGUGAGACAGAGAGUGUUAAACGUCAGAAUAACAGUGAGUUUGAUGAUUCGUUUGUGGCGGAGACUGAUGAUUUAAUUUCUGAGGAAAAUGAUAACGGGAAUCAAGGUAAUCAAGAACGCGAAAUAAUUACUUAUCAGAUAAAAGAUGCGGCUGUGAAGAUCAUGUGUGCGGGUGUGGUGGUUGGAUUGAUGACUUUGGCUGGCUUGAAAUUUAUACCGUCCAAAAGAGGCUCUACUAGUACUACUGCUCGUAAAGAAGUUGAUUCGGCUCUGGCUUCAGACGUCACCAAUGUGGAGGAUUCUAGGGUUGAGGAUGCUGAAGACAUUCCUAAAAUGGAUGCAAGAUUAGCCGAAGGUCUAGUUCGUAAGUGGCAGAGCAUAAAAUCCCAAGCCCUUGGACCUGAGCAUUGCCACUCAAAAUUAUCAGAGGUAUUAGAUGGUGAAAUGCACAAGAUCUGGCUUCAACGGGCAACCGAAAUUGCUCAACGUGGUUGGUUUUGGGACUACACGCUUUUAAACAUUACCAUUGACAGUGUUACCGUUUCACUCGAUGGGCGCUUAGCUGUUGUGGAAGCAACCCUUGAAGAGUCUGCCAAGUUGAUUGAUUUGACCCACCCGGAAAACAAUGACUCCUAUAAUUUAACUUACACCACACGUUAUGAGAUGUCGUGUGCCAAGUCAUCAUGGAAAAUCACAAAGGGGGCUGUCCUCAAAUCAUAACAGAUAUACAUGAGACGACGAUGAUAAUACAUCACCUUCAAUAACAGCUGAGCAACUACUGCUUCUUGUUAUACUUGGAGUUUUUGUUUCCGAAACAUCUUCAAGAGCCGAACGAGGAGAUUUGUCUACACGUGAAUUUCCAAAAUCACCCUCGUUUUGGUUUUGGUUUUGAUCUUGAUCAUGGAUAUCAUCAACAUCAUCUGCUUCAUCUUUCUCAAUACAUACUUCUACUUCUUUGCAACUAUCUAUUGAAUUUGUCCUUUCUCUAGCUUUUUGGGAAGUCUUGUCCCAUUCCUGGGUCGGGUCUGGCCCGAAAUACUGGUUCAUAAACUCACGUGGGGUGAUAUUAUCAAAAA